AUGUCCACUCUCGAGGGUGCGGUACCGCUCGGUAUGGGCAUCACGAAACUGCGACUUUGGGACGAGUUUCACCGGACACGUUGUGAUGCAAUGCAGUCAUCCACACAGCCGUCAGUGCUAUCGUCGCCAACAUCGACCAGAGAAAUUUCUGACACGUCAGUAUACAUCGCGCAUCAAAGCUCAAGGUCGGAACUCUCAACAGCUCUUUGUACUUUACCAUGGCAAAGUCUUAGCAGCAAAAUCCAUCCUGCUGAGUCCACCGAAUCUCAAAAAACUGGGAGCACAACGAGGGCGCCCGAGUAUGUGCAACAGCCAGCAUCUAGAGCUACGCCGUGGCGCCUAGACUUGAUCCACCCACGGGAUUCCGACUUUCCAGCUUCUCUUUCCGGCUUGUACCGAGUGGACCACCACAGGGAUGAUUUUUCAAAAUUCGACAAGUCGAAAUCGACGUUCAGCUGGGCAGAAGUUGCGGAAUAUACUCAUGGUAUCCUGCCACCGCCCGUACCACGUCAACCGGGGCCGUCUCGGCAGAAGCCACCGCCACUGGACGUGCGGAUCAAAGCCAAAGCACGUCGCGCCAAACGGAAACGGCAGAAAGCAGAACACCGACGACGGCUUUUCCUUGCACAGCUCGUUCAAGUCACUCGAUUGGCUCGUUUGCUAAACCGCGACACAGCAUCCGCAAACUCGCAAGCAGCAAUCUCAGGCACCAACUCCUCUACAUCAAAGACUGGGGCGGUGCAGAAGGCAUUGGCUCUUUUCCCGGAACGCCUCGGUGUCGAUCUGGGGAACUUCGUAGAAGUCGUCUUUGACACGGAUGCUCAGUCGUCCGAAAUCACCGCUCCCUCGGACAUUUCAGACGACGAGCUGGCGAGAGCGACCAGAACCGAAAUCGAAACACGGAGACAACUUGCGGGCGCAGAUAUAAAGGUACCUGGGGGCGUCUUUCGCUGGAUGGUGGCAAAAGACUUUGCCAGGUGCUGGCCAGAAAAGGUCCAGCAUGUUCGGGACAAUCCUUGGCCAGGCUUGGAGCAUGUUUGGGGGUCGCCUUCCGGUGAAAUAGGGGCUGAGGAGGCGCUGCAGAGCUGUGCUUGUGCGGACCAGAAGCGAUGCAGUCUAUUCAAAGCAAAGGAACCAGUUCGGUGGCAGAGCGGUCAUCGCAGCAGAUUCCUCCGGAGAAAAGAGAGAGACGAUGCAAACAGGCAGCCUCAAGAAUCAGCUCCUGCGACGGCAGGAAUUGCACGCCUCGAAAAACCAACACUCAUAGAUGAGGCUGAUGUCGAAAAACUAAAGGCGACACCUGCUCAGACCAGCAUCGGAUAG